AUGGGUUCCGGAGGAAGAACGAUAUUUAAUUUUGAUCUCAAUGAGCCACCUACAGAUGAUAAUGAUGAGAGGGAUGGUGUUUUCUGCUUCCAGCCUCAAAAGACCCAGCCAACAACAAAUUCCCAUGCUUCUGACUUAUUUUUAGCUUCUACUGCUGCCCAAGGAACUGACUUAUCUGUAGCUUCUACUGCUGCCCAAGGAACUGACUUAUCUGUAGCUUCUACUGCUGCCCAAGGAAUAAUGAAUAAUCAUGCAUUUUCACAUGCCUCCACUGUUUCGGGAUUUCAACCAUUUAUUCGUUCUAAGUCUGCAAGUGUCUCUGGCGCGGAUGCUGGGUUGAUGAUAGCAGGAGAUCAGGGUGCAAAGGCUCCUUCUAAGUCCAUAAAAGAGGAGGGCGUGAAUGUUGUGGAAUCUCAGAAAUCUGGUUCGGCUAAUGCUCAAUCUACAGAAAGGGAAGAAGGGGAAUGGUCUGAGGAGGGUUAUGCUGAUGCAAAUGGAGGUAAUAAUCUGCCACAAAAAAGUCAGGCUCCAGAAGAGCAAGCAACAUCUGGAAUGGUGGAUGGAAAUGUUGUGGCUUCUGACAGGGGAGCCCGGUAUAGUUACCAAGCAAAAAGAAGUGAAAGGUAUUGA